AUGGCAGGAGCAGUGCAUGAUACUGGUGGUACAAAUAGCAAUUCUUGUAGAAAAUAUACUGAAGAGAACGAAUUUAUAAAUGAAGAUGUGCAGCCAUCAAAAAUGAAUGUUGUUGAUAUUAUCGAAUCGAACCUUGAUCCCAUUGUAGGUUACGCUCAAGAGCCUUUGUUACCACUUGCCGAUGCAUGCCUUCCACUGACCGAUAUUCUCUAUAAUUUAUCAUUCUAUGUUCAAAUGGCUCUGGAUAAAACUCCAGACGAACCACCAGAUCAAUUAACAGUCGAUGAAAGUGCUGCGAUUCGUCUCUACACAAUUGAAUGGGAAGAACCACAUCGAAGUCUCUAUUCGAUGCUUAAUUACACUCUUAAGAUGGCUAGUCGCGAGAAUCUUCGGCCCUAUUUUCGAUAUCUCAAACUGUUCUUAACUGCCCUGGUCAAAUUACCAUGUGUUCCACCACUAACUGUCUGGCGAGGUGUAAAACUAGAUUUGAGUGCAGAAUUUCCACCCGGUACUCUAGUCACAUGGUGGGCAUUUUCAUCGUGCACCACUGAAAUGACUGUACUUGAAAAUAACAUGUAUUUGGGCACAAUGGGCGCACGAACACUCUUCUCAGUCGAAGCAAUUAAUGGUCGAAUGGUGCGUGCUCAUUCACAUUUCAUUACAGAAGAUGAAGUUCUUCUUUUGCCUGGCACUCAUAUGGUAGUUCAGUCACAAUUGAGUCCAGCGCCCGAUCUUUACAUCAUUCAUUUGAAGCAGAUUAUACCAAAAGAAAUGCUACUUGAGCCUCCUUUCGAAGAUGCACGUCUUUAUCCAAAAAUUCAGUAA